CUUCUUUGUGUAAGUGAAGUGGACCACUUGUCUCUGAGCCCACUUUGGCUGGUUCCGUGAACAGGGCGCUUCAGAUCUUAAAAUCAAAGAAAGAAUUUACAGAGUUCUUGUAAAUAAGCAAAAAUGAAAAAUAUGUAAGGGAUUAAGGAUGAGUAACAUUGGAGCGGCGGGGGCGGGGGCGGCAGAAGAUAAUUCCGGCAAGUUUAAGGAAAUUGAUGGGAGGGUUAGGAUAGCUGAGCUAGUUUUGAGAUUUGGGAUCUGUGCGACGGCCAUUGUUGCAUUUGUGCUUAUAAUGACCGAUACCCAGGUCAGAGAGUUCUUUACAAUUCAAAAGACAGCUAAGUUUUCAGACAUGAAGUCUCUCAUAUUCUUAGUGGUUGCAAAUGGGAUUGUGGCAGCUUACUCAUUUGUUCAAGGAGUUAGAUGUAUAGUGACUAUGCUUAGAGGAAAUAUGCUUCUCAGCAAGCCCUUAGCCUGGGCUAUUUUCUCAUGUGAUCAGGUCAUAGCUUAUUUAACAGUAGCAGCAGUUGCAGCUGCAUUACAAUCUUCGAUUAUUGGUCAAUUUGGGGAACCAAAGUUACAAUGGAUGGAGUUAUGUAGUUUGUAUGGAAAGUUUUGUAAGCAAGCUGGUGAAGGGCUGGUUAGUGCAGUAAUUGCUAGUCUUGGAAUGGUGGCUAUUUCUGGAAUUUCUGCUUUCAGUCUCUUUCGAUUGUACCAUGGUAAUAAUGGAUCAUGGCUUCAAUAUCUAGCUUACUGAAACUAUUACACCUAAGUUUUACUAUAUGCUAGGUUUGUAACCAUUUCGCGAUAUGUUUGCUUAUCUGCUAUACUGUAUUAUUCAAUAUUGUCAUAUGGAAUGAAAGUAAAUAGGCAAUUGUUAUUAUAUAUAAAUGAGAACUUAGGCUUUGUUCAUCA